AUGUGCUCGGUUAGGAAGCGGUUUGAUGAGUUGUUAAAGAGUAUAGAGAAGCUUGAUAGCUCAGGAAGGAGACAAAACUCGGUAGAAUACCAACAGGAGUUAAACUCAUUGAUUAGUAAUUUGCUAGAAUGCAAGCAGAUUGUCUAUGAUAAGUUGGCACUAUUUAGUGAUAAUGAGAGCUUAGAGGAUUUAGCUACUUCCUCGAUUCCAUUUCUAUCUCUGGACUAUCAUUUAGGUCAGUUAUUGUCAAGGAAGCAGUAUAUUACAUCUAAUGAGAACCGGGAGCCAUCUAAUCAAAAUAAAUGGAAGUUGGAGUUUAUUAAGAAGGCCGUGCAGGUUUCUAUGCAGUUUUUGAUGGCUUUGUAUGACUACGAUCUUUUAGAUGCUUCGAUUUCAAAGGUGAUUGACAAAUUGGAGGACAAGUUCAAUCCUAAGUAUAAUGAACUAUAUCCUCAGCCAAAGUCUGCGAAAGAUAUUAUGGGGGCGCAGAUGAAUAGGUCUGCUAAGAUUAAGAUGUUUCAGAGGGAGAAGGAGGUUGCUGCCCAGCUUGCUGCCUGUGAAAGAGAGCGUUUAAACUCUAAUGAGAAUGAAGAGGUUCUCAGAGAGCUUUAUUUGACACAAUUGAAGCACACAGCGCUCAAAUGUUUCCAUGAUAUGGAGGGCUUACUGAUGGAAAUGGAACUUUUAACUAAUUUGAAAGUGGUUCCCGUAGAAGAAACACAGGAACCUGUGGAAGAGCGCAAGCUUCGUCCGUUCGAGUAUACUGACAAGGUCGAGACAUUGAAUAAGCCUUUGCUCUCGAAACAUGGAAAGGUCCUAAGAAACUUUACGUUAUUGGAUAAGAGGAAUCAACUCAAGGACAAGGUCUUUGGUUAUGGACAGUACGGCCCGACGAUGACCGUAGAGGAGUUCUUAGAUAAAGAAUUCGAGAGUGGAAGAGUGUUACAAGGAGGAGAAGAGCCAGAAGAAGAGCCCGAUGAGGACAAUGAAGAAUGGAAUGACAAGGAAGUUUAUAAAGCUAGAGAAUGGGAUGAGUUUAAAGAAGCAAACCCACGCGGUAGCGGUAACAGGUUAAACAACGGCUGA